AUGGCUCCAGCAAAUAAUUGGAGGAACAGGCGCGCAGGCAUACCGCGCAUUAUUUCCUCCCCAAUAAUUUGCAGCUACUGGUUCCAACAAGAUUGUUUCAUUCUAGAGCCGCCCUGUCCUGACCCCACUUGCAGUGCCGCUUCAGCCCUCGAAAUCAUCACCAAAACACAGAACUCCCUGCACCGCAACAUGUCAUCCCAGGACUUGAUUUUAGCGCUUACCGUGGCGCGUGUGGCCAUCAGAAAGAAGAUCUCCUGUGACGAAGCCGUGGAUAUCAUAGGCGAGUCCCUCGUGCAGCAGUUGAGGCCACGACGGAGAGACCGCUUUGAGCCCAUCACAAUCCGCCACACCCGGAAGGCCCUCGUAGACAUAGCCCCCAUUUUGUUGCGUGUGAAAGCCGUGUGUAAAUUGAACCCCACAGCCAAAACGGUGCACUCUUUGCUCACAUUGAAGCGGGCUAUCGACGCGGCAGACUGGACAGUCACUAUUCACAAGAGCAGCUACCUCCUCUGUUAUUUGGAAGAAAGUCUCCUUCUUGCCUUUUCGGCGACAUACACGUUAUCGCGCCAUGGCGAGCAAACGAAAGAAGUCCUAGUGGAGAUGGCCACUAUCUUGUUCGAGCGCAUUGAAGACGGGGACAGGAAGCUCACCCUGCACUUAGUGGCGACAUUGGCCCAGUUGGUUUUCUUGUACCUGUUUCCCGAUGGAUGUGACAAUCAGUACUAUUCUUUGUUUUUGUCUCUAUACGGUAUAAGCCAGCCCAGACGGCCAAUCACAAAACACAUCACGGAUAAGGUGAAGCUUGUGUUUGUUGGGGAAGUGAUCAAGUUUCACGUCGAGAUCCUCCACAUAUAUUGCAACAAGUACGACAAGGGUCUGAACUCGCAUACCAGGAGCCUCGUCAAGGCGUGUUUGCUCGUAUACGACGAGCCAGAUCUCCUCGAAUAUGUUGACUCGCUUUCAUGGUGA